AUGGUAUCAAAGGCACCAGACAUUGAAGAAAUUAAAGAGGCGGUUUACAUCAUUAAUAAGGAUAGUGCAGCUAGCCCUGAUGGUUUCUCUAGUCUAUUCUAUCAGUAUAGUUGGGACAUUAUCAAGUUGGACCUGCUUGAUGCGAUACUAGAUUUCUUUAAUGGUAGGGAAAUUCCUACUGGUAUCACCUUAACCUCCAUUGCCCUUAUUCCUAAAAAGGCUGAAGCUAAGGAGUACAAAGAAUUCAGGCCAAUUAGAAGGAAUAUAGGAGACAAUAUCCUACUGGCUCAGGAACUUAUUCAAAAUAUUGACAGGAAGACUAGAGGUGGCAACAUGGUUUUAAAACUAGAUAUGGCUAAGGCUUAUGGGAAUUCCUUUAUAAGGGGGUUGAAUAACCUUUUCUCAAGUAAUGUAGACCUUCAUUUUAGAUAUGGAGGAGGGAUCCCAAUAUCACAUCUGGCAUUUGCAGAUGACAUUGUCAUUUUUACCAAUGGCCAAAAAACUUCAUUGAAUAAAAUUAUGAGGUUCAUCAGUCUUUACACUGUUAAUUCUGGGCAGGCAAUCAACUGUAAUAAAAGCUCGUUUACCACUAGAAAGGAAGCUCACAGAAAAGUCAUUGCAGAUAAUACGGGAUUUCAAUACCAGUCCUUGCCAAUGAUAUAUCUUGGAGUUCCUCUAUAUAAAGGGCAUAAGAAGGCUGCCUUAUUUGAUGAUUUAAUCAGUAAAAUCAAACGUAGAAUUUUGGGUUGGGAACAUAGAUGGUUUUCUGCAAGUGGUAGGAUUACACUUAUUAAACACGUGCUGAGCUCCAUGCCUAUUCAUUUGCUUCAAAUCCUUGAUCCUCUAAUAGGCAUUAUCAACAAAAUUUCAAGAAUGUUCAACAACUUCAUCUGGGGUGAUUCUAGCCAGACCAAGAAAAUACGUUGGGCUUCCUGGGAAAAUAUCUGUUGUCCCGUUGAAGAAGGGGGAAUUGGAUGUCAAUCUCUCUCUGACCUGAAUAUAGCAUUUGACUGUAAACUUUGGUGGAAGUUUAGGGAGCAAAAAUCACUUUGGAGUCAGGUCUUGCUAGCCAAAUGCUGUAGGACCAGUCAUGCUAGUGUUGUGAAUCACAGCUAUCAAGAUUCUGGGAUUUGGAGAAGGAUGGUUAAAGCCAGAAAAUUAACUGAACCUCAUAUUGCUUGGAGAAUCGGAGAAGGUAAAAUUAACUUUAAGCACGAUGUUUGGCUUAAGUCUGGGAUUGUUCAAGGGAGAUUGAAACAGGAUAUGCCUCAAGAUAAGCUUGUUUUGGAUUUCAGAAACAACAAUGAAUGGAAUACUAUCUCACUGAAUUCUAUUCUACCUGCUUAA